AUGGACGACACAACGAAGAAACACUCAAUUGAACACUUCGAGAUCGCGCCAGGGCCAGGCUCUGACACUGGUGUUUUCAUUGAUCCCAUUGCUGAAAAGAAGCUGUUGCGAAAGGUCGAUUUGAGGAUACUGCCACCGUUGACUGUGCUGUUCCUACUUGCCUUCCUGGACCGCACAAACAUCGGCAAUGCAAAGAUUCAGGGUAUGACCGAUGAGCUGAAGAUGGGUGGGCAUGACUACAACAUUGCCUUGUUUGUGUUCUUCAUACCUUAUAUCUUGCUCGAAGUUCCGAGCAUCGCUACUAUUGGUCAAGGGUUAGUCAAAACCUUUGAAGGACUCGUUGCCAUGAGAGUCCUGGUUGGCAUCUUCGAGGCCGGCCUGUUUCCUGGCUGUGUCUAUUUGAUCAGCAUGUAUUAUCAACGAUACGAACUACAAUGGCGACUGUCCCUGUUUUUCUCUGCCAGUAUUCUCGCUGGUGGUUUUGGUGGUCUUCUCGCUUAUGCCCUAGCAAAGAUGAAUGGUAUCGGUGGAUAUUCAGGUUGGAGAUGGAUCUUCAUCAUCGAAGGUAUUUUGACCGUCGUUGUUGGCGUCUUUGCUAGAUUUUGGGUCUGUGACUGGCCUGAGACCGCGAAGUUUCUCACCGAAGAAGAACGUCUGCUAUUGACUUCACGGCUUCAAACCGACUCUGGUGAAGCAAUCAUGAACAGAUUGGAUAAGGCUGCUACCCGCCGUAUCUUCACAGAUUGGAAAAUCUACUGCGGAGUCAUCAUGUAUAUGGGUAUCGUAAACACCGGAUACUCGGGCUCUUUCUUCGUACCCACUAUCAUUCGCGAGAUGGGGUAUACUUCUGCCUCUGCUCAGAUCCGCUCUAUACCUAUUUUCGUUGUCGCCGCAAUCUGCUCUGUCGCUGCCGCUUGGCUGACUGAUCGUCUUCGCCAUCGCUUCGCAUUCUGCAUCUUCGGUCUUGUGGUGGCCUCGAUUGGAUACAUUAUUCUGCUUUGUCAGACCGGUCUCUCAGUAGGCGUCAAGUACUUCGCUCUCUUCCUCGUCGUCCCAGGUGGCUACAUCACACAACCCAUCGUCCUGGCGUGGGUACAAAAUUGCAUGUCAGGUCACUACAAACGCUCUGUGUCCGCCGCCAUGACAGUCGGCUUUGGCAAUCUCGGAGGUAUUGUUGCCUCAAACGUAUUUUUCACAACCGAGGCACCACUUUAUCGUACAGGUUAUGGAGAAGAGAAAUAG